GGUCCCCUCCAUUCUCCGCUGGACUCGGCCCGGGGCACACGGCACCACGGCCUGGUGGAACGGGUGCAACGGGAUCCCCGCCGGAUGAUCUCGCCGCUGCGACGUUACGUACGACAAAUCGACAGUUCUCCUUACAGUCCGGCAUACCUGUCCCCUCCUGCUGAGCCCAGCUGGAGAAGGACGAUGCCGUGGAGCAAUUUCUCCGCGGAGAAAGAACGCUUGUUUCGACUGCCAGCCUCACUCAACAGGACAAAUUCGGACUCGGCCCUGCACACCAGCGUGAUGAACCCGAACCCACCAAACACCUACCUGGGACCCUCCCAGGCGGGGCCCCCUCCCAAUCGUAAGAGCGGUUACCUAGAUACAGAUACGGAUAGCAAAG